AUGAAAAUUCUUAAUGAAGGGUACAACCAGGGGCGGACUGGCAGGACGGCUAGUAGAGAAGCGGCUUACAUGUACGCUGUGAUCAGCGCCGGUGUGACGUAUGCGUUAAUGGAUGCGUGCAGUAGAGGCAACAUAUCCAUUUGCGGAUGCGAUGCACACUACCCAAGCGCCCUGGAGGACGGACCGGCGGCAUCAGCGUGGAAGUGGGGYGGAUGCAGCGUUGACUUAGGUUUCGGCAUGGGGUUCGCUCGAAAGUUCCUGGACGCCCAGGAAUCGGACGCUGGCGAUUCCCGGAGUCUGAUGAACUUGCACAACAACAAAGCCGGCAGAAAGAUUGUCAAGAUGCUGUUGAACACCGACUGCAAGUGUCACGGGGUGUCAGGGAGUUGCACGAUGAAAACGUGCUGGCACAGUUUGCCGCACUUCCGGGAAGUCGGCAAGGCUCUCAUGCGAAAGUACCGGAAGGCGCGCAGUGUCCAGGCCGCGGGGACUGCGGUCGCUGUCGGCGGUGGUAAUCCACAGAGAGCUUCUGGAAAACGGUCGUCAAGACGUUUGAGGCUCAGACUCAGGUCGGCCAGGUCAGCGGCGGCGGGGUUGGUGGACGAGGAGGAGCCGAAGAUCACCGAGCUCGUCUACCUGGAACAGUCACCUAACUACUGCGACCGGGACUUUGGCACAGGGUCGUUGGGCACAUACGGCCGUUCCUGUAACCGGACUUCUGAGGGCACGGACGGCUGCGACCUGAUGUGUUGCGGACGAGGGUACAACACGCACCAAUUCACUAGGACCAAACAGUGUCGGUGCACGUUCUAUUGGUGUUGUUACGUCAAAUGCGACACGUGCGUGGAACGGACCGAAGAAUACAGUUGUAAAUGACGUUCUCAUAUAUUAUUAUGUAAAUUAUAUAAUAUUACUUGUACUCGUUACGUUGUUUAUAAACCUUUCAUAUUUUUUAGUAUUUUACGAUUGUGUCUAUAAUAUAAUAUUUUAUACGGCAUUUCAAAAAUGCCAUACACA